UUUCCCCCUUUCCUUCCUAGGUGGAAAUAACUCUUCAGGAUGUCAAUGACAACCCGCCAGUGUUCCCUACAGAUAUGCUUGAUCUGACUGUAGAAGAAAAUAUCGGAGAUGGUUCUAAAAUAAUGCAGCUGACAGCUAUGGAUGCUGACGAGGGUGCAAAUGCUCUGGUAACUUACACCAUCAUCAGUGGUGCAGACGACAGCUUCCAUAUCGAUCCAGAAUCGGGAGAAUUGAUAGCCACCAAGCGUUUGGACCGAGAACGCCGUUCUAAAUAUUCUCUGCUAGUUCGUGCUGAUGAUGGCCUGCAGUCUUCAGAUAUGAGAAUAAACAUUACUAUUAGUGAUGUUAAUGAUCAUAUACCCAAGUUCUCCAAACCUUGCUAUUCCUUUGACAUACCAGAAGAUACCACUCCAGGGUGA